UUAAAUCUAUUAUUAUGUCCCAUCUGCUUUUAAACUACAUGUACUAUUCAGCCAAAGUUACUGAUUUGAACUAGUGCAAAAAUGAGGGAAAAUGGAUUUUUCCUGUCUUUUUUUUUGGUAAUUUUUCUACCAGGUGUUAAACUGAACUUGGCCAUAAUAAUCUCAAAUGAAAGUAGCUUCACUUGUUUUGGACGAGAAUCAGCUGGAAGUUUCCUGAAGUAUCAGCUACUGGUGCUCAUAAAAUCAGCUGAUGGCUGCCAUGAUACUUGUUUUUACCAGCAGCUUAUCUAAACCUCCUCAGGUCAGAGGUUUUUAAACCACAUUUAGUAAAUCAGUCCAUUUUUAACAGUCUCUUCAGAAAGCAUUCACUCAAUUCCAGAAAUUAUUGUGUAGUAAAUUCAAUUUUAAAUGAAUAAAAGUGGAUUUUUUUAAACUUAUUAUUCUACAAUUUGUAACCCAUAAUGACAAAAUGAAAGUAAUUUAGAUUAUAUUCAUGUGGCACUUCUCUGAACAAAACUUCUUUACAAAAGCAAACAUUUAAGAAGACUAUUAACUCUUGAUAAAAAAAAAAAAAUCAGUGAAAAAUAAACAGCUGAAGAGCAUGAAAAUAGAGACCACUAUGAUCAUGCAAUCAUAAAGGCUUUAUGAUAAAAGAAUGUUUUAAGAGUUUAAAAGAGAUGUUGCUCUUCUGAUUCAAAUUUAUCCCAUUUCACAGUUAUUAAGAAACUGUUUACUCCAGGAAAUACUGAAAGCUUUAAGUAUAGUUUAUAAUCUCACCACAGUUCCCUGGACUCCAUAGCUGAAUGUGGCCUUAUAUACACAGGUGUGAGCUUUUUCUAAAUUGUCCAAUCAAAUCAAGCGGCCACAGGUGGCAGCUAAGAUCUCAAGGAGGAGCAAAGCAAGCAGGACACAGCUGACUGCAAUUUAGAGCCACAGCAAAGAGUCUGAAUAGUUUUGUAAAUGGAAAAUCCUUGAUAUUUAAUAAAUUUGGUAAAAUUAAAAAAUAUAUGCUUUCAUUUUGUCAUUAUAGGCUGCUUAGGGUUAAUUGAUGAAGAAAAUGCCACUUUCAUUAAUUUAAAAUACAAUUAGGAUGCAAUAAAAUGUCCAAAAAGUGUAAGGAUAUGAAUGCUUUCAAAGAUAUUGUAUCAUUAGGUUCAAUGUGAUGUAGUUUCCAAAGAUAUCAUUGUCUAUGAUGUCUGUUGCGCUUGUAAAUCAGAACAUUAAGUAUAUUUAUCUUCAAGACUUGUCUUAAAUCUUUUUUAAUCUAUCAUCUUUGUCAAAGUAAUGCAGUGAUAGCUGUCUGUAUAUCCUAGCAUAUGUUCUAUUUCUAUUCUAUUUCUAUCUUCACAUUUUAAGCUUCUGGACUUUUCUAAUACUCUAUUUUAUUAUAAAUACCUGCAUUUUUGGCACCUUAUUACUGUUUCUUCAACCAACACGAUUUGCACAUUCUUUUAUACACCAAUCAGGCAUAACAUUGUGACCACUUGAACCCAGUGGGGCAUGGACCCAGGACCUCUUGGGAUGUCCUGUAGUACCGGGAUGGUGGCAGUGAAUUCUGUGGGUCCUAUGGGUUGCAGGGUGGAACCUAACUAGAUCAGGCUUAUCCUGGCACAUCCCACAGAUGCUCAGUAAGAUCUGGAUCUGGGGAGUGUGGAACCCGGGUGACCACCUUAGCUCUGUUGUGUUCCCCGGGUCACUCCUGAGCAGUUUUUGUGGUGUGUCGGGGUGCAUUGUCCUGCUGAGGGUGACAUCUGGCAUCAAGGACUGCUGUUGUCAUGGGUGGUUGGGUGAGUUGCUGGACCUGCCAUGUUUAGGUGGGUGGUACAUGUCAAACAUCCACAUGAAUGUCAGGACUCAAGGUUUCCCAGCAGAACAUUUCAUUAUAAAAAGAUGAUUGAUGUUAUUCACUUCACCUGUCAGUAGUCAUAAUGUUGUGGCUGAUCGGUGUAUAUUGUCUCCUUAUCUACCUUGAAUGUAGCGUGUGUGAGCUCCUGGAUUUCUAGAAUUGCCUGAAGGGGAUAAAUAAAGUGUCUGUCUGUUUUAAUUCUGCAUACUUUUAAUGGUGGCAGUUUGUCGAAGCAUUACAGAACAUAAAACAGAGCUCGUGGUAACCCACAGACUUUCUCAAUAGAAGCGUUAUACUUCCUGUUUACAUCAGUCAAAGCCACCAAAUUAGAAGAACUGCUCCAAAACCUAAGGCAAACUGAUGCUCCAAAUCUACCUAAUACAAAGAACAAAAAUGGGAGUUACAAAAUAUACUAUGGACUAUUUCAAUAAAAUGUUUCUGUAAAUCUUAUUUUUCAGUAUUCAUGGUUUCAGAUUUUUUUUUCACACAGAACAUGAGCAUUCAGGGCCUACCAGAGAUGAAGGGCUAUGACCCACUAGAUACCACCCUCAAGUUUGUCACCAGGAGGGACGACUUGGAUCCAAUUUCCUCAGAUGAUGACUCUCUCAGAGCAGAGAUGUCCUGCGGCCACGCCGUCACUCCUGAAUCUCUAACACAGUGGUGUCACAACCUGCUGGACCAGGGGCAUUACACAUUUAAAGGCCCUGCACUGGUAGAGGGGACCACAAGGUGCAAUAAGGCGUGGUCGUACCAAGAGGUGCGCAGACUGGCAGAUUUAUCUGUUGAGGAAAUGCAGCACUUUGAGGACAACAUGGCCCGCAUGGCUGCUGCUAGACACUGCGAGUUUCAGCCAUGUCCCCAGUGCAAAACAAACAUGGAGAGGAAGGAUCUUUCCAACCUGUGUGUCAUAUGUAUCAUAUGCACAGCUGAUCAGGGGGGAACCUAUCAGUUCUGCUGGCAGUGUCAGAAGCCAUGGAAGGGCUCAGCUCCUCGAUCGGACCGCUGUGGCAACGAUGACUGCAUCAACAGGGACCUGCAACUGCUGCAGACAUGCAAAUCCAUCGACCUGCCGGAGGUGGCGGGCGUCACCAGCUGCCCCUCUAUCCGACUCUGUCCUACAUGUGGCAUGAAGAUAGAACAUAGUAGACAAAACUGCAAAAAUGUUAUAUGUCCUCGAUGUCAUAAGGAGUUCUGCUUUGUUUGCCUGAAACUAACGCGGCAAUGUUGCAAGACCAGUUCACCAUUCAGAAUCUGCCCAGGCGGUGUAGCUCCAAGACAGACUUCUAUUCCGGUAUGGCAGAGAAAUGAAGGCAAUCCGGUGUCUUAUCUUAAUUCAACAAGAGAUCUUUAACAGAAGUGUUUAAAAACACAACAAAAAAUCAAUGCAUUUAUUUUGAAAGGUCUCAAUAUAGUCUCCUGGACACCAAAUGUUUGUGGCAUGUAACUCUGCUCCACAAGACAACUAAGCUCUUAUUUGUGGUUUCUCUGCCUCCCUCUGGCUGAACUUUAAAUUGCACAUGACAAAUAUGUUUGGUAUUUACCUCUGAAUCUCCAUUACUGAAAUACUUAAGAUGUUUUAUAUAUACAAAAUGGAACCUGUUUUAUUUUAAUUAGCUUUUUCUGUAUACCAGUGUGGCAAAAUCUACCUGGUAAAACAAGGCUAUUGUGUGUCUGUAUCAUUAACAUUAGAAACACUCAUUAAGAUCAAGUAAAUUAAACAUAACUUAAGGUUUUGUGUUUUCAUUCCAAUCAGACAAGUGUCAUGGUACUUUUCUUUAUUACAUCACAACAUAUUCAUCCGAUUCAAACACAGAAGACAAUAAU